AUGAGUGAGGACGUAAUUGCUCCGUCAGGAUCGGACACUCUCGCAGCGCUGCAGUCCAAGCAUCCAAGCCCUUCCCGUCCUCUAUGUUUCCCGGCAGAACCGGGCCUGGACUGUCCCACUUUGUCCAUGAAGGUGGAGGACGUGGUUCUAGCGAUCAACUCAUUCCACAAUGGAUCGGCGGCGGGGCUUGAUGGCAUUCGUCCGGCUCACUUGAAAGAGCUCAUAUCUGGCUCGGCUGGGGACGGUGGGGUGCGCUUGUUGGAGGCUCUCACAAAACUGUGUAAUUUCCUGUUGGGCGGCAAGUUAAAUCCCCUGGUGUGUCCUUAUUUAUAUGGGGCUACAUUAUGUGCUCUCAAAAAGAAGGAGGGUGGAGUGAGGCCGAUAGCUGUAGGGUGCACCCUUCGUCGCCUGGUGGCGAAACUUGGGUGCCGUGCAGUUAGAGGAGAGAUGGCUUCCUACCUUCAGCCACAUCAGGUAGGGUUCGGAACUCGUUUGGGGUGUGAGGCGGCAAUACAUGCCGUUCGAGCUUUUGCAUUGGACCCAGCAAAUUCAGGCUGCGUGAUUGUCAAACUGGAUGUGAAAAACGCGUUCAACUCCCUGGAGCGGGACGUUUUGCUAAAUGAGGUAGGUGCCCAACAGGGGGAUCCGCUCGGUCCGCUUACCUUCAGCCUGGCAAUUCACAAAGUCAUCACCGAGCUCAAAUCUCCCCUUAAUGUCUGGUACCUCGACGAUGGCACAAUUGGAGGAAAACCGGACGAGGUGGAGCAAGACUUACUUAUCCUUUUGCCGCGUCUAAGGGAUUUGGGGCUGGAGGUGAAUACCUCUAAAUUUCCUGAAGCGCUACGGGUGGGCAGAGAUCUUCUUCAGCUCGCUGGCGAGCGUCUCAAAGAAAUAAGUCCGCAUAUAGCGUUGGUCCUAAUGCAAAAGUGUUUCGCCGUCCCGAAAAUGACGUACCUGCUACGUACAUCUCCAGUUUGGCAGUUCCCGGACGAAAUAACUUCCUUCGACGACACCAUUAAAGCCACGAUUGAGGCGGUUGUCAACGUCUCUCUCAGCGAUGACCAAUGGAGGCAGGCGGCUUUGCCGGUCCGGCAUGGGGGCAUUGGGGUGCGACGUGUGCAGGACGUAAGUCUGCCGGCCUUCUUGGCGUCGGCCCAUGGGGUGGCGGACCUUGUUGCUGAUAUUUUGUCCUUGAAUGGCGACAAGGCGAGCAUACCUUUCGUGGCCGAUGCGCUGAGGGAGUGGUUGGCUCUCAAUCCUGGAGCACACGUGCCGGAAAACCCCAAAUUUCAGCGGGCGUGGGAUGACGUGGGGUGUAAGGACACGCUGAACGGGCUUAUUGGGAAUGCUGUGGGCACGGAACGCGCAAGACUUCUGGCUGUAUCGCAGUCAGAAUCCGGGGCAUGGUUGCACGCGCUGCCUUCUCCUCAAUUAGGCACCCUGCUGGAUAGUGACUCAUUGCGGGUGUCCGUUGCUCUCCGCCUGGGCUGCAAGGUAUGUGAGCCACAUAUAUGCAUUUGCGGUACCAUGGUGGGGGCCGACGGCCACCACGCGCUGAGUUGCCGGCGUUGUGCUGGCAGGCACCCGCGUCACCAUGCCCUCAACGAUAUAGUUCAGAGGGCUCUCAGGUCGGCGGGCAUUCCGUCGGUACUCGAGCCUCCAGGCCUUAGUCGCACGGAUGGCAAAAGGCCUGAUGGGCUAACGCUCGUACCGUGGGAGAGAGGGCGGUGCUUGGUGUGGGACGCUACGUGUGUCAGCACCUUCGCCGCCUCGCAUAUCAGUCGCACGGUGCGCGCGGCUGGAGCGGCGGCCGAGUCUCAGGCUGGAGUGAAGCGGCAAAAGUAUGCCCCCCUAGGAGCAGGGUACAUUUUUCUCCCUUUCGCGGUAGAAACGGCGGGCUGCUGGGGGGCGGACGCGAAAGACAUGGUGCGCGACAUAGGCCGUCGACUUAGGCAGAAGGGGGAGGACCCCCGCUCCGAGUCGUUUCUGCGAUGGUUCAAGUCACGAGAUGACCACGAGAGGGCGCUCGGAACGCAGCGCAGGGAGGAAUGUAAUGUAGGGAUGACGCCGGCCGGGACCGGGGGGCCUGGAGCGAUUCAUUGA